AGGCGCGCGGGGCCGCCGGCUCAGCUACAGUCCUGCGCCGCUUCGGAGAGGGCCCCCUAAUCCCUACUCUGCCCGCAACGGCAGUGCUGGCGUCAGGGCGCGGUGGAGGCAAGACGGGUGACUGGUAGCAGGGCGGUGCCGGGCGAGAAGGGCGCCUCACCUGGCGCCUCCCGCCUUCCUUUCCACCUCAGGUUGCAGAGAGCCGCCAGGGCAGGUGGAAGGGCCACGCCCGGCUCCCUCCUGUAGGGCACAAUGUCUGAACAAGAGCGUAUACAGGAAUGUCUGCGGAAGGAAAUAAGGUCACUUCUCAUUUCCACCAAAGAUGGUUUGAGCCCACAGGAGUUGGAGAAGGAGUACCUUUUGAUGGUUGGCAACCGUCUACCACUCCGAAUCCUUGGGUAUCGGUCUACUAUGGAGCUGGUAUUGGACAUGCCUGAUGUUGUUAGUGUCUGCCCCGGUGCAGGUGGUACUGUAAUACUGAAAGCCAUUCCAGAUGAAUCUACCAAAGGAAUAGCAAGCUUAGUUGCAAAACAGAGGAGCAGCCAUAAGGUUCGAAACUCCAUGCAUAAGGGAAGACCUAGUAUUUAUUCUGGACCAAGAUCUUAUCAGCGAGUACCUUACCGUGGAAGGGUUGCCCCUGUUCUUCCAGCUGUUGUGAAGAGUGAGUUGAAGGACCUGUUGGCGUUAUCUCCUGUUCUCCUUUCUGAUUUUGAAAAGGCAUUUGCCAAAAGAUUUGGACGAUCAUUCCAAUACAUGCAAUAUGGAUUUCUCUCUAUGUUUGAAGUGCUUAAUGCGGCUUCAGAUGUCAUUUCUGUAGAGCAGACCAGAGCAGGUUCUUUGUUGAUGCUAAAGAAGAGUGUAACAGAGGAAAAGCCGAGAGGAUGUCCAGCAGGUAAAAUUUUUACCCAGCCAUUUAGAAUGAAACAAGGGUCAUACUCCACAGGCUUUCCGGUAGCAAAGGCAUGCUUUUCACAACCCACUUCAAACAUGGAACCACCGAAGCAAAUGAUGAGCAUGGGAAAGACUUCCAAGUUAAAUGUAGUGGAGACUUCAAGGCUGAAUCACACUGAAAAAUUAAACCAGCUGGAGAACACAUUCAAAUCAGUUAUUGCACAAAUUGGACCUGGAGGAACUAUCAGUUCAGAACUAAAACAUAAGAUAAAAUUUGUUGUAUCUAAGUUCCCGGAGGGUUUGUUUAUUUCUAAACUGCUUGGAGAGUAUGAGGUAAUUUUUAAAGAGCAACUAUCACCAAAAAAAUUAGGCUUCUUAAAUGUGACAGAACUUGUUGGAGCUCUUAGUGACAUUCUCCAUGUUGAGUUCAGGGAAGGACAGCAAGACUUACUAGUGUUUGAUGCGGAUAAGAAGCCUCUACCACCUGUUCAGUCAGAUAAGAAAACAGAAGCCAAAGCUUGUGUCUCCAGUCCACCUAGAAAUUCAUUGUCUACUGCUGCUGUCAAAGAGACUGUAUGGAAUUGCCCUUCAGAAAAACAAAAAGAGCCACAACAGAAGAUUUGCAAGAAGCCUAAUCUGGUGGUAAAGCCUUUACAGCUGCAAGUAGAAACAAACAAAUCACAGCUCAACCUGGCAAUGGCAAAUUAUGACAUCCCGCCAGAUGCUGUGCCGGACAAGAAAUUAUGCAGACUCCCACCAUUAGACACCAGUUCCCUCAUAGGGGUCUUUGUGGAGUAUAUCAUCUCUCCUAGUCAAUUCUACAUCCGGAUCUAUGGCAGGGAUUCGUCAGAGUUACUCGAAGACAUGAUGAUUGAAAUGCGGCGCUGUUAUUCUAAUCAGCUGGUUUCUGAUCGAUAUGUCAUGCCAGAAUGUUUUAUUCAGCCGGGACAUCUCUGUUGUGUGAGGAUUUCUGAGGAUAAGUGGUGGUAUCGGGUCAUUAUCCAUCGAGUCCUUGGGAAACAGGAAGUUGAAGUGUUCUACCCAGACUUUGGAAAUACUGGAAUUGUUCAGAAGUCCUCCCUGAGGUUCCUCAAGUGCUGCUACACAAAGCUUCCAGCUCAGGCUAUCCCUUGUUCUUUGGCUUGGGUGAGACCAGUAGAGGAACACUGGACAUCGAAAGCUAUUUUGCAGUUCCAGAAGUUGUGCGGUUUGAAGCCAUUAGUGGGGGUAGUGGGUGAAUAUGUAGAUGGAAUCCUUAACAUUUUUUUGUGUGACACAUCCUCAAACGAAGAUGUCUAUUUCCAUCAUGUCUUGAGAACAGAGGGCCAUGCUAUUGUAUGCCGAGAAAAUAUCUCUUCUAAGGGUUUCAGUGAGCUCAACCCUUUAGCUUUAUACACGAAAUCCAGUGGAGAGCCAGAGGACAUUGUCUUGACAGAACUGGGUUAUCCUUCCCAGCAGCACUAUUUUAAUGAAGACCGAAAGAUAAGUCCACAGUCAAAAGAGAGUGAGUUACAGAUCCUGCAAGAUAUUAAUGAUGAAAAGUCUUUACAUCAUCUUAAAUCUGAGUCAAAGGAGCCAUUAAAGGAUUCGGAAUUUGAUUCUUUGAAAACCUGUAAUAAGAGCUUUGAAGAAGAUCUAAAGUGGUCCAACCCAGAGCCAAAUGAUCUGAAGGAAGAAAAUGAGGAUGAGAUCCCCACUGGAAUGCCAUGCCUAGAGUCAGUGACCAUAGGUGAUGAUAUUUGGGAUGAGAACUGGUUACCUCUACAGGCUAAGAUGGGAAAAGGAGGUGAUGCUGCCUCCCAUCUAUUUACUGCAAGCCUUGGUGGAAAGAAUCAGUAUUCAUCAUGUAAAGAAAUGCCACAGAAGGACUGGUGUUUUUCUACCCCCAAAGAUACAUGGGAUGAUUCUUGGCAGCCUUCAGGCCUUGUAAAUGGAAUGAAAGUAGAAGUUCAUAAGCCAGAAGUACUGGGUGCUCAGGAGAAAAAUACCGGCACAAACAGGACUCAAAAGCAACUAGACAUAAAUGGUUCUUCAGAUUCUUCCACACUGCCCAAAUUGGAAGAAUUCUGUGCCUCUCUUACCCAGUCAGAGCAGUCAGCAGACGGGAGCCAGUCUGAACCCAACAACAGUCAGACUCAGCCAAAGCAAAUUCAGCUUUCCACAGCAGUACCCUGUUCAACAACUGCAGUGGAUGAUUCUGCAGAAAAGCCCUCUGGUUCUGUGGAAAGCUCACCAGAGAUCCUAAAGAAUGAAGAUUUUUCUAGCAGCCGUGCUAUUACAUUGUACAAAGACAAGAGUCAAGAAUCCAUGGACCAGCUGUCUUUGAUUUUGUCUUAUGAGUGCCAGAUUUCUCAGAAGCUCUACAUUCCUCGAAGUACAGCCACUGCUGCCUUAGGUGCUGCUGCACGGUUAGCUACAUCCAGGAGCCUCCUACACUGGUACCCCAGUGUGAAAAGGAUGGAAGCAUGAGGGAGGGAGAGAGGGAGGGACAAAAACAGAAUCCAGCCGCUUAGGCCUUGAUGAACUCCCAGGCCAAAAUGAGGAGGUAUUGAAGCAAAAUAGUAUCUUGAUCGUUGAUACUUUUGGCUUUCUGUGACUAUAUGUUAGCUUUAUUAUGCUAACAGUCUACUUUGAUGUGUAAGUAUUGAUAUUUACUGUUAAUCUUGAUUUUUCUUGAUUUUAUUUUAUUCUGUGUCAUUUUGUUCACCUUUGUUUUUAAUGUAGUUUAAAGGAAUUUUUUUGUGUUUCUGUUUUUCUUGUACAUUAUCAUGACUGAUAAAUGAAAAUUGAAAAACUAA